AUGUUGGUGACGGCGGGGCCUGUUCCAAAUCAAUGCAAUAGAACGACGGGGGAAUGUGAGGGUGGAUGUCAGCCUGGUUGGGAAGGACUUCAGUGCAAUAAUACAAACAAGGGUGUGACUCAAACAGAUUUCAUUGGCACUGAUUCAAAACCAUCAUCAUCUGGCCAAGGUAAUAAAAUCAUAAAAACAGAAAAUAAAAAAUCUAAGAAAAGUCAGAGGAAGGAUAAUGAGGCUGAUGUAGAUGACGAUGAGAAAAUACACUCGGAGAAUCCUUACGGAGACUUUUAUGCUAAUGAAACGACAAUACGAGACAUACCUCUAAAUCAACUGGAGUCGGUUAUAGUUGAGAAAAGAAUGAAUAAAGACGAUGGAUUUCAAAGAGAAUAUGCGUCAUUGCCAUAUGGGGAACAAUACAAAUGUGACGAAGGAAAAAGAGAGGAAAAUGUGGUUAAAAAUAGAUAUAAGACCAUCUUUCCGUAUGACCAUUCAAGAGUAAUACUGAGGACUGAGUCAGCAUCUGGCUACAUUAAUGCUAACUACAUCGAGGGAGCACACAGACAAAACGAGUAUAUUGCAGCACAAGGACCGACGAAGAAUACACUUGCUGAUUUUUGGACAAUGAUUUGGCAAGGAAAUGUGUCUUCCAUCGUGAUGCUUACAAAUCUGCAAGAGGGAACAAAAACAAAGAAAUCACGGUCUUUGAUCCAAUAUCAUUAUACUGCAUGGCCCGACUACGGAAUCCCGGAUCCCCUCUGUCUUGUUGUUUUCCUUGAUCACUUGACCCGAACAGGGACCAAUCAGAAUAGCUCCCCAACAGUUGUACAUUGCAGUCGUUUACCAAGAGUAGAGCGUUUAUCGUAUCCGACAGUUGAGGAUUUUGUAGACUUCCUGUACCUGUUAUAUGAUCACGAAUCUGACAUUGUUAUAUUUAUGGAUCCAUUGAGCACAACUGAACCGAGCAGGGAAGAGGACCAUACGGUGACAAUUGUAGAGCCAAAAUUCAGCAUCAAUGCAUCCGGAACUCCCCUGGAUACUUCUCAGCUUCGAUACCUGUAUCUGGUUUCCGUCGCAUUAGGUGUAGAGACGGAAAAUCUUAUCAUUGUUGUCAGCAGCGAUGGAGCUUCCCUUUGCAGUGCCUUUUGUGCAGUUCACAACGUGAUGCAACAAAUUAACAUAGAUGGAAAUGUUGAUGUGUUUACAUCCGUCAGAAAUCUUCAAGUUCGAAGGCCAGAGUUUUGCUCCAGUCUUGAUGAGUAUCAGCUGGUCAACAAAGCAGUGGAUGAUUACAUACAAAGAAGCACUGAAAACAUAUACUCUAAUUAA